AUGACGUCGCCUCUGCCCUGGCUGUACAUUAUUCUAUGGGUAGAAAAUGCCCUAGGGAAACUUGAAGAUGAAGGAAACUUCUACUCCGAAAACAUCAGUCGGAUCCUGGACAACUUGCUUGAAGGCUAUGACAAUCGGCUGCGUCCAGGAUUUGGAAAUGCUGUCACUGAAGUCAAAACAGACAUUUAUGUGACCAGUUUUGGGCCGGUGUCAGAUGUGGAGAUGGAGUAUACAAUGGAUGUUUUCUUCCGCCAGACUUGGACUGACGAGAGGUUGAAGUUUGGGGGACCAACUGAGAUUCUGAGUUUGAAUAACUUGAUGGUCAGUAAAAUCUGGACACCUGACACUUUUUUUAGGAAUGGCAAAAAAUCAAUUGCUCACAAUAUGACAACUCCUAAUAAACUCUUCAGAAUAAUGCAGAAUGGAACCAUUCUAUACACCAUGAGGCUUACUAUCAAUGCUGACUGUCCUAUGAGACUGGUGAACUUUCCUAUGGAUGGACACGCUUGUCCACUCAAGUUUGGGAGUUAUGCUUACCCCAAAAGUGAAAUCAUUUAUACAUGGAAAAAAGGACCACUUUACUCAGUUGAAGUCCCAGAAGAAUCUUCAAGCCUCCUCCAGUAUGAUCUGAUUGGACAAACAGUAUCUAGUGAGACAAUUAAAUCUAACACAGGUGAAUACGUAAUAAUGACAGUUUAUUUCCACUUGCAAAGGAAGAUGGGCUACUUCAUGAUACAAAUAUAUACUCCUUGCAUUAUGACGGUCAUUCUUUCCCAGGUGUCUUUCUGGAUUAAUAAGGAGUCUGUCCCAGCCAGGACUGUCUUUGGGAUCACCACUGUUUUAACCAUGACCACUUUAAGCAUCAGUGCCCGGCACUCAUUGCCAAAAGUGUCGUAUGCGACUGCCAUGGAUUGGUUCAUAGCUGUUUGCUUUGCUUUUGUCUUCUCUGCUCUUAUUGAGUUUGCAGCUGUCAACUACUUUACGAAUCUUCAGACACAGAAGGCCAAAAGGAAGGCACAGAUUGCAGCCUCACCCCCAGUGACAAUCUCAAAAGCAACUGAACCCUUGGAAGCUGAGAUUGUCUUGCAUCCUGAUUCCAGGUAUCAUCUGAAGAAAAGAAUCACCUCUCUGACUUUGCCAAUAGUUCCAGCCUCUGAGACCAACAAAGUCCUCACUAGAGCUCCCAUCUUACAAUCCACACCUGUCACACCCCCACCGCUUUCUCCAGCCUUCGGAGGCACCAGUAAAAUAGACCAGUAUUCUCGGAUUCUCUUCCCGGUUGCAUUUGCAGGAUUCAACCUUGUGUACUGGGUAGUGUAUCUUUCCAAAGACACGAUGGAAGUGAGCAGCAGUGUGGAAUAG